UGUUGCCAUAUGACAACAGCAACGUUUCAACCAUGACAAGAGACAAUGAUAUUAGUGUGACUGUUUCAAAUUACCUUCUGACGAUUAUUGGGUUUUUUGCAAAUCUAACGGUGAUUAUUGUGUUUAUCAACUGCAAGAUUUAUCGUAGAUCAUUCACGUAUCUCCUGGUGCUUCAACAAUCCUUUCUCGACAUGAUAGCAUGUUGCCUCUAUCUAUAUUAUUUCAAUUACCCUGCCCCUAACGGAAAUAUUGCCAUCUACUGUAAGUUUACAACGCUUUUCUUCUUCUUUUUAUCUGCCUCAACGCUAAACCUUGUCUUCAUUUCUAUUGAGAGGUACAUCGCAGUGGUGCAUCCAUUGAAGUACUGGAUAAGAGGUAAACAUAAGCAAAGUUUGUUACCACAGUUAUGUAUUCCACUUGUAGCUGCAUUUCUAGUAACAUUUCAGUAUGUGUUCAUACUUGUGGAAGAUCCUGCAGUUCCUGGAAAAUGUACCUUUUAUUAUAAAAACGAAGGCUUUCAGAUACUGUCAGGUGCAAUUUUAUUACUGGCAAAUGCGGUAAUUCCAAUUUGCACUAUGACAUUUUGCUACUUUCGUGUACAUAUCACACUGAAGAAACAAACUAAAAUUCGAGCAGAGUUAACAAUGCAAGCACAUACAAAUCAUGGUAGCGAUGAAUCAGCUGUUGAGAUAAAUAUUUCACCAUCGCAAACCCAUCAGAAAGACAAGGCACAUGAUGCUCAACGAAAUUUCAUCAUUACUAUGUCCAUUAACACACUGGUGUAUACCAUCUGUAUUUCUCCACUGAUUUUGCUGUAUGUUGUUUACACGAUAUGCGAAUGUUUCGAUUUUAUUGAUCAUGCCUCUCGCGACAUUGCCUUAUUGAUUGCUGUAUCUAAUAUGGCAAUUAAUCCAUUUGUUUAUGCCUACAAACUCAAAGACUUUAAAGAAGGAUUCGCUAAGACUUUCUGUCGUCAACAUUAGAGAGACUGUAUUACAUGCAAGUAUCAUCAUAAACUGAGGUUAAAAGCCACCCGAAAGUUUGUAGGUUUUA